AGUUGCGCCGUUCGCGUCGUCUCGCAGUGUGCAGUACAGAUGUUCGUGCCCGUGCUUGGUGAUAAGCUCAGGCUGUGGUGUCGGAGAAUGUGAAAGGCAACAAGAUAAGGGACAAGCCGGAGCUCUGUGAUUUUGCAAGUUCUGCGUUUUUUGUGAAUUCUCGAGCCCUCGAUCAUUGGUUCCAGCGCCUGACCUUUUUCUUGCAGGGCUCUUUUUUCCAAACAACCACAUGCAUUACUUCUCAACAGAGUGUAAACUGUACUUCCAGGAGUCGUGUGUGUGGACACUAACAUUUGAAGCCUUGCCAUAUAAUGGAGAAUUCCGUAUUACGGAAACGCCCCCGAGAAGAGCAGCCUCAACCUUUGAAGACUGAGGAUCAUGCAGCAGCGUGCUGCCUAGCUGAUGUCCACUCUAGCGCAAAGGGUCAACGCCCCUCGGCACCUGCACAAGCGGUGCAGGGCUAUCCUCAAGGCUUGCGUUCUGUCAAUGGCCUGUGUGGAUCUCUGCAAGCAGGUAAGGAGGGAGGGGACUAUGGUGCCUUUGCAUCCUCGUCCUCAUCCGAUUUUGAAGGUGGCAUUGGCAAGGCUGCCGAAAGGACUCCUCGAAAUGGGAGAGUGUGCGAGGAUGGUGCUUCGCGAAAAGGUGGAGUUGUGGUUGUGAAGGGUAGCAAAGUCCUUGGGACAGUGGAAGAGAAUGGUGCGGUGGGAAGGGCCAAGGAGGAGGCUGAAGGUCCGCCUCAUGCGACACGUGCGCUUUCCUCGUCCAUGGAUGUGAUUGCCUUUGGCGACGACAAUGAAUACCAUCCGGCGAACAGGGACAGGCGCAAGUCCACUGCCCGACGUAGUGUUGCCCGUGCUGCAAGCUUGGUGAGCACUUGCCCAGACUUGCAGGCAGAAGACUCGUGCCACUCUUGCAACGUAGAGAUUCAGAUGUCGUCCUUCGGUGACAAAUGGACUCCUGGUGGGGAUGAGCUGCAUGAUGACCUGGCUGUACAUGGCUGGUCGAGGCGGGGUUGGGGAGAUGAUCAAAAAGCAGAUGCUAUGUCAGGACUGUGGGUGUUCAGUAAUCAGGGGAACUCGCGGGUCGAGUGUCAUAAUCCUAGGGAUGAUGGUUCUUGGCUUUCCGGUCCAACUGACGAGAAGAUGAAGGAGUCCGAUUGCUCUAGCCCCUCCAAAAGGCAAUCGAGUCGGCUUUGUGAUGGUGGAUUGGGUGUGAAAAUCGGGGUGAUAGAAGAAGAGGAAGGAGGCGACGAGAGAGAUGUGAGUGGAAUUCGAACUGACGACUUAGAAAGUUUUCCCUCUCUGCAGCCAGGUCCUGAUGGAUUUCCGGUCCUUCAACAGGAAUGCAGUGCUGUGGCGGGCAUUCAGAUGAUGGAUAUUGAGCCUUCCUUGUGUGUGGGGGAUGAGCAGCAAAGCUCCAAGGCAGAUCCAGAUGAUGAUGUCAUCUCCGGCACCCUGUCCAGUGCUCAGGAGUCACCAAACGUGCUGUUCAAGAGCAGCAGGAAUUCCCACCAAAAGCUCGGAGACGGCAACAAGAGUAAGAAUCCAAGUGUGAGCUCCAGGCGAACAGAUGGUGGUGGUGGUGGUGAGGGUGCUGGCUCGAGACAGAGAACGACUGCAUCCGCUGCUGGGGAUGCUAGGGGCUUGGCUACCGUUGAAGAAAAUGGAGGCCAUGAGGACUGCGACGAAGACAAUAGCAGGCUUGAUCCUGCAGGUAAGAGCUUUGUAGUUGUGGCACCAUGUGGGCGAGGUGGAAAACUGGGCGAGGGAUUGGAUGGAGCACUAAUGGCCAUUGUGAAAGAGAAGCCCUCUGUGAGAAGGCCCCGGUCCAGACUUCUGAGGGACAAGCUUGUGCUAUCAGGGCGAGAAUCUGACGGUCGCCAUACGAGCAUCAAUGAAGCAGAUUUGGUUGCUGUGGUGGAUGAGGGAGUUGCGACAUGCGGCGACAAGAAUGGCCACUGUGCUGUGCAUGACAGUCAUCAGAAUGGCGGCGAUGCGGGAUUGGAUUGUCCAGACAAGUGCGAAGGAGGGGAGAGCGGUGUUGCAUUGCAUGGCCAUGAUCAUGUGACUGAGUCUAUGCAGCUCAAUGGCUCUGCACUCGGAACGACCACACCCGUUGUGGCGGCGAAGUCGUUAGGGCUGGGAGAUGCUGCUGCGGAGAUCGCUGCCUCUGUUUCCUUCAUGGCAAGCAACAUUCUGGCAUUGGCAGAGAACAAGGAAUCGGCUGGGCAGAAUGAAGCGCUAUUCCUGCCCAAGAUGGGGGCUCCUGGGGGCACGGGGACACCAGGAGAGGCUGGCAAGGAGUCUGCCAUUCUCGGUCCUCGCCAUGCUCGCAUCCGCUCUGCAAUCAGCGCGGGUGGAUCCAAUUCCCGUGUGAGUGGUUGCAGCAGCGGUGGUGACAACGAUGGUGGUGGAGUUCGCGAGAGAGAAGCAGGGGGUGUUUCUAGUCGCAGCGCCGUGGUUGCCCUUGCUGCCCCUGGGGGCAACGCGGCGGGACUCGUAGGGAGAGGGGAUGUCAGCAGCCGCCUUGUGAAGGUGGGCCCCCUUUCCCAGGGUAUGCACGAGGUGUAUCGCCUUCGGACACUUGCAAGAAUGCCCAAGCACGGAGAUGUGAUGGCCGUCCGGUCGAUGUGUAGCCGGAAUUUGAACUUGAAUCCUGGAAUACAUGUGGGAGACAUCUCAGCGGUUCUGGAUUCCUGUUCACGGUCAGUCUCCCGUGCGCUGCUAAAGCAAGGCAUCUCUGCUGGCAGGGGACAUAGAGGUGGUCCCACUACGACUGUCGAUCUCAGCGAGAGUGCGGCAUUAAGUCGAUUCACUGCAGGCGGGAAUGGAAGAGGAGGAGCUGGUGGAUUUACGGGGCCGAAGUCGUCCUCUGAAGCGGGGUCCAGUUUGAGUGGAAGCAACGACAGGGCUGUUGGGCGAAUUCAGGUGGACGUGCACCUUCCUUCCACUGCGACAAAGGGUAAGACUGUACUGCGCAACGAGUGUUCUCUACAGAGGCAGCAGGAACUCCAAAAGGCCGCACUGUUGGUGAGGGCUCUCGAGGAAGCGGGGGAGGUGGCCCCCAUGACAUGCGGGGCGGUUCUGAAACGAAAGAACGGUCUGGCUGGAGCCUACCGACUUCAAGCUAUGGAGUCUAAAUGCAAUCGCUUGGUGGUGACCCCAAGUGAACCCGGUGGUGUUGUGCCGGGUGUGCACACUGCAUGCUCCAGAGCCCGGUUCAAGGGUGAUGCUGGACGCCUGGAGGGGCCAGAAACUGCCGGUUUCAAAGGGAACGAUGGGACAGCAAGUUCGCAUUCUAAAUCUGCCGCUGCGGCCGAUGCAAAGGAUUUGGCCCCGAGGUGCGAAGUGCACAGCACUAACAACCCAGACCUCUAUGCUGCCCAGCAUAAUGCAGAUAAUGAGAAUGAGCUGCAAUCACAGCAUCGUGACGUCCACCAUCAAGCCCUGGAUCACACUCAGAAUGGUCAAGUUGCAGCAGAACAGACCCGCCUUCCUUGCCAGGUCGCCAAUAGCACACAGAGUUCCCGGCGAUCCCGGACUAGGCCGGUUCAGCUGCUAGAGCGUGCUGGCGUGCCUAUUCGGGAGCCAGCGGGUGCCACAGGAACGGAUGAAGUUCAGCCUCUUGCUACCGGCACAGGGGUUGGUGCAGCAGCGGCAACAAGUUUCUCUGAGUGGAGGCGCCAGACCUGCAGCCGUGCAUCACGAAGGUCCAUGAAAACCCUUGCGCGAGCAAAAGGCCGAGCUUCCCGCUUCGGGAUGGUAGAUGAUUCUUGUAUGGUUGGAAACUCUCAACAGCUUUCAUCUGCAAGCAGCUCUGCAGCAUGAGUCGGUGGACGCUUGCCCUUUUUCUCUCACAAAAAGCCGAAGGCCGAACGUCACAGGUUGAUGGAGCCACAGGAACACGUGAAGUUCAGCCUCUGGCGACUGUCAGUCUGCACGGAGCUCUGCAGGGUGAGACCGAGCAGCGGAAGGGAAAGGAGCACGAGGAGGAGGAGGAGGAGGAGGAGGAGGAGGAGGCGAUCAAGCUGACGCAGGUUGAUGGAGGUCAUGAUGGUAAUUGAGCUGCGACGGUGUGAUGCCACUGUUAAGGAUGUGAGUCCACGUUAUCUCCAUCUAGAGAAGUCCAAUGCUUUUUUUUUUUUUUUUUUUUUUUUCACUUUUUGUUUGUUUUCUUUUGCUGGCCAGAGUGCUACUUUUUUUUGGAGUUCCUGAUGAAUGACGAGCGGCAAAUCGAAUUCGUCAGAGUCGUAUAGUUCCAGCAGUGAACCUUUGGUCAGGAGCAGAAGAAAUGGUAAUCGGUUUUCAACGGUGGCAGCAGCAUAGCGAUUCUCGUUCCUCCCGUCGCCCUUCCGUAAUCAUCUCUUCCCUUGACUGAAUGUGUAAAGGAGUCGUAGGCGUGUACAUUAUGUAAACAACAAGAGUGAUCUUGAUUUCAGCGGAGUUUCUUAACUCAGCGGAAGACUGGAUGGUGACUCGGUAGGGGACGUGGAUCUCUGAUUACCACAACAGAACUAUAAUGGAGUUAAGCGAUUUUUGUUUCAUCUUACAGCUUGGCUAACAACUUGGUUUAUCUUUAUUUACACCACGUCCGUGGACCGGACCUCCUCUCCAUGUUUGCUACGUACUCCCUUAAUCCGCAUCUCUUGCCCCUGAGUCGUCGUGCUUUCCAUUUUUGCGUCGUCGUGCUUUCGAUUUCCGUGCCGCACUUGAUCAGUCCUGCCCCUCUGCUUAUGUGUCUGAUGUAUGUAGAAAAAACUUCCUUACAUGGAAAGAGACAUGGGGCAUGGAGCUGGCAUUGAGGGGUACGUUAGUUCCUGAGCGUGUGAUAACGCUGCUGGAACGUAUUGCCAGGACAGCGCCACAGAUACGGGCCUCUGCGAGGUAAUUGCCCAUCUCUGUUGCACAUUCUUCAGGUGGGGUAAUAUUUCGGGAGCAAUGCUACAGGCCUGUGUCCGCUUUCGAACAUGCCAGUCCUGUUGGGCUCUUAUCAAAUGGCAUGAUAACUGCUGUGUGACCUGUCAAAGAGGGGUCUAUGGAGGAGAGACCUUUGCCAUGUGCAUGGCACAUUCUUCAGCCGGGAAAAUAUUUUGGCAACAAUGUUGUAAAGGUUCCCAUCAUUUUUCACGUCUGCUAGUCCUCUUACGGUAACCUAUUUGUAUGUUUUGGCCCCUCUCUCUCUCUCUCUCUCUCUCUCUCUCUCUCUCUCUCUCUCUCUCUCUCUCUCUCUCUCUCUCUCUCUCUCUCUCUCUCUCUCUCUUCUUUCCGUUGUGUUUGUGUUGACUGGAGGAUGUUAGAUGAGUGAGUAGGAGGUGGAACCAGAAAUAAGUAUCAGGUACCGGGGGUGCAUGGUGCAACACGUGCUGCAGCGGUGUCCACAUAGGAGGACUGUGUGGCAGUCUGUAGCCAUCCCCCUCUUCUCUGUGUUAAUGGGAACUUUUCUGUGUGUGUGUGUGUGUGUGUGUGUGUGCGUGUGUGUGUGUGUGUGUGUGUGUGUGUUGACUUGAGGCCUGUAGAUGGGGGCCGACGGGGUGGCAGCAGAAAUUGGGUGCAGGGUACAGGUGUGCAUGGGUGCCACUGUCCAAAUAGGAGGAAGGUGUGUGGUCACGGGCACAUUGUUUUGCUGGGCCAUUUGGAGUGACAGCAUAUGCACGAAGUAUGGUCAUUCUGCUUAUGAGUAAUAUAUAAACUUUUGAAUUCGACGUGUUGUUCGAACCACCCUACCUCAUUAUACCCACCGAUGGUGUGAUGGUUGUCCUUGUCUGAAUGCUGCUCCUUUGUUGGGCACUAACAGCAGCAGCAGCUUGACUCGGUAAUUCUUACGG